AUGAGGUUCAUGUGGAGCAGCAUCUUUAAUAAUCCGGGGCUGCGCCUCUCCCCUCCCCCCUGCCGGCUGCUCCACAUCGGCCAGAAAGCCUCCCUCACCAAAGCGUUCUCCUCCCAGGACGUGGAGCUGUUCGCCAAGUUGACGGGGGACACCAACCCCCUCCACCUUGACCCGGCCUACGCCAGCACCACCGCCUUCGAGACACCCAUCGUCCACGGCGUCCUCAUCAAUGGCCUGAUCUCAGCUGUGCUUGGCACCAAGAUGCCUGGCCGUGGCUGUGUCUUCCUGUACCAGGAGAUACGCUUCCCGGCACCACUCUACAUCGGCGAGGAGGUGCUGGCUGAAGCUGAAGUUCGCAAGAUCAAGAUGUCGUUCGCCUUCAUCGCCGUGACGUGCUCUGUCAAGGACAAGGUGGUGAUGGAGGGGGACGUGAUGGUGAUGAUGCCUGAGGACCAGCAGAACAAGGAGUGAGAGGAGGAGGAGGAGGAGGAGAUGAGGAGGGCAGUGACACUCUGAAGUGACAGAUGUGGUUGCAAAAUGGCUGCUGCAGCGCUUACACAAUGGAAUUAGCUUUAUGUUUUAUUUUAACGCGUAGUUGAAUGCUGACAACAAAAAGUGCGGCUGGACGGAGCAGCUAACAGAGAGACGUGUUAGUCACUCAAAGAUUUAUUUUUAAGAUGUUUAAUUUGUCAGAUCUGCUCUGUAGUUUGUGUAAAGUGUGGAAUAAAAACUCCAAAUGAUCA